AUGACGAGCUCAGAGUCGGAAGAACAACCGCAAACAUCGCGAAAGCGCUCGCGCAGGAGUAAUAGUGGCGAUGACGGUGGUGCUGGAGGAAAGAAGGCUAGGGGACGGCCCCGGGUAGAUACGCAGGAUGCCACAGCCGCAGAUAGACGAAGAACUCAAAUCCGUCUUGCUCAGCGAGCUUAUCGCCAACGGAAAGAGACAACGAUCUCAUCUCUGAAGAAUCAAAGCGCACAGCUUCAUUCGAUCAUCGAGCAGAUGAACAAGACUUUUCUAAAGCUGAACGAGUCAACCGUGAAGUCAGGUUUGUUGCAACUGAAUCCGACAUUGGCUCAGGAGUUCAAGCUGGUAACGGAGACAUUUGCGAACUUGGUUAAGACAGCCAGCGAGGGUCAGUAUGAGGGAGACGAAGAUGGCGAACAAGGGGAUCAGGGAGCUGCUGAACGCAGUGGUGCACAAAAACCAGUCGAGCCGGAAGUCGAAACUCAACACGUUGGAUGGGGCUAUUCCACAAACUCGAAGCCAGAUGUUCAGAAGCGCCCGCAACAACAGCAACAACAACAACAACAACAACAACAACAACUAUCAACCCCGGAUAGCUACCUCGCACAUAUCAGUGCUGCCUAUGGUACUGUAGACACCAGCAGGAACGAUCUAGUGCCAUGCCGUGCGUUUCCAGUUGGCGCUGUUUUCGAUCAAUCGAGCCGAUCUUCACAGCCCCCAGGAGAUCCACCGUCUUCGCAUACCUCGUCGCAAUCAGUACAGCUUCCCUUUGGUCUUGUAGACUUACUCAGCCAACAGCAAGCACCCUUCGCAUCAUCAAACCCGCACAUCUACUCCGUUCGUAUACCAACGCCUGACGUUACUCCACCAAUAAACAGGCUUCCAACACCUCCUACAACGAAAGUCCCGACGAAGACACUUCGACCGGUGACAACAUAUAGUUUCGAAGAGACUACAUUUGCUAGGAGACUAUCCAGGGCGGCGCUUGAGACGGGGUUCCAUUUGCUGAGUCGUGCCAACGAUCGUCCUACGGCGAUAGAUCGCGUCUUCAAACUCUCUCUACCCCACCAAACUCUCGAUCAAAUACGGAGCCGCUUCCGGACUAUUAUGUCCCGUUCUAUUGAUGAAGACCUGGACUGGUGGGAAUCGCCUUUCAUCCAUCUCGGCGGCGCAGGAACUCACUAUCCGCGACGUGAUGCUGCGGGCAAUAUAACACAUGUUAGGAAUGGAUGGAACAUGCGGCAAAUUGGACCACCAGAGAAGAGAGUAUAUAUAAUAGAGAACACAGAAGACGGCAGGAGUGAGGAGUUGGGUGAUUUGGAUCUCAGUGGAUUUGAGGGAGAGUGGUUCGACUGCCAUGAUGUGCAAGGGUAUUUGGAGGACAAAUACGCGUGCAAGCUCGAUCCGAGAAGUUCAUUCGCGGAAUGUGUUAUCGACGAAGAGGACGAAGGAGCGCCCGAAGUUCAUAGCAGUGCUCUACGACCACGUCCAAGCAUACCAACGGAGCUGCCUCGUCUCAACAAUAGUUCUACCAACCCAGCGACAACUUCGUCAAACACUUCGACAAAUCGACCUGGUCAGCCUUACAACAUGGCAGACAAUGGAGCCUUCGGUCUAGACAUGUCAUUCGGUCCCACUAGCGACUUUCCCAGGCUCAUCAAUUACGAUAUAUCUUACGAUCAAACACUAGGAUUAGAUCUCGCCCCUGGAUACAAUUAUGAUUUCUCACAUUCCGAUGGCUUUCACAUAGGCGACAUGGAUUUGGGCAUGGAUAUCAUGAACGACGUGACUGCGGCUUUGCCAGUGGUGAGGCAGAAGCGGAAAAAAACUGGCUGGGUCGACGUCUCAAGACUUAUCGAUGGUGAGUGCAAACGGUGA